AUGGCAGCAAGCUCGGGCACCAAGCUCACACCCUUGAGAUUUGUUCGAUCGGUUUUGGCGUCAUUCAUGGCCGAGUCUGGACUGGAGCCUCGACUUUUUGGACAGCAUCUCCGCAUCAUCAAUGCCCACAUGGGCAUCGUAGACUUUGAGCUGCGCAUCACGGCGGACCACACGAACCGGCUAAAGAUCCUCCACGGCGGCACAAUCGCCAGCCUCGUUGAUCUCGGCGGAUCACUCGCCGUCGCCGCCAAGGGGUACUAUGCUACCGGAGUCUCGACAGACCUGAACGUCACAUACCUGAGCAGCGGCGGCAAGGAAGGAGAUAAGCUCCGAGGAACUGCCGUCUGCGAGAAGAUCGGCAAGACGCUCGCCUUCACACAGGUAACCUUCUGGGACAAGGAGCGGAAUCUGGUUGCCAGGGGAAGCCAUACCAAGUUUGUCGCUCUAGCCGUUGCCGGCAGCGAACCAUUUACUAUCCCGGAGGGAGCAAAGAUUGCACCGGACAGGAAGCCAAGUCGAAUUCGCAACAAAGAGAAGUUUAUCGCCAUCCAGGCUCAAUCACAGAACAAAAGCCAGGAAAUUCCAGAGUAA